AUGUAUUAUUUUAUUUUUUGCCUUUACAAGCAUCAAUACAUGUAUUUAUCAUCUGAUUGUGGCGAUACAAGUUUCAAGGUUCUGAAAGCCAAGACUUUGUUUGUUUCAAAUAAUCCAAAACCCCAAAAUGACCAACACACAAGAUUCUGACAUAAAUCCAUGUUUAUUUUGGCAUGUGCCAUUUCAACAUCCGACUGAUUUUGGGUCUUAAAUACACUCAUUGGCUCUGAUGGUUCUCUGUGUGCAGUGUCUACACUAGAGAGUGGCACUUCAAACAGUUAAAGGUCACUCAGAGCUGUGAAGGGCCCUCCUCACUGAGAGCUAAUGCAGGGUAUAAAUGAACCGUAAGAAGCUCUCAGCACCAAUUACCACAAUUCACAAGCAUUUAUCAACCCAUGGACACCUCACCUAGUCAGCUGUACUCAUUUAGUACUAUUUAUUUUGCCUCUUUCGUAUAAUAUUUUCCCCUAAGGUAACUGCCCCCACGGUCAGUUUGUGAACAUCACGGGGCCCAGAGUGCACACAGUGGGAGAGUUCCCAGGCGCCUACAAGUACGGAGCCUGGGGGCGGGACCCCAAACCAGAGGCGGGGAAAGAGAGCUGGCAUUGGCUGGUGAUGUUGACUGUCGGCAACAAAUUCUCCAACUACGUGCGUCUCUACUCCAGCCUGAGUUCUCUCAUUGUUGGGGUUAGCAUACCAGGUAACGUCCUGAUCAGCCCCUCUAACCCGACCACCAACACUAUCCAGGGUCCAAAUAUUGUGAUAUAUGGAGAGGCCUUGUACUACAACUGUUACAACCAAGAUGCUGUUUGUCGAUUCAACCUCACCAGCACAACUGUCACCACCGUGCAACUACCCAAAGGCACCAGGUUUAACUCAAAGGGUAACUUCUGCCACCUCGAUGAAUGUUACCUUUUCACGGACCUGGACCUGGCGACAGAUGAGUCGGGCGUUUGGGUGAUCUACACCACCAACCAGGACUUUGGAAACCUGGUGCUGUCAAAGGUGGAGGAGGGCGAGCCGCUGAGGCUCGGCCAGACCUGGCACACUUCGGUCUACAAGCAGGGGGUGACCAACACCUUCAUGGCCUGUGGCGUGCUGUAUGCCACGCGGUACGUCGACAAACUCACCGAGGAGAUCUACUUUUCAUUUGACACGACCACAGGCGAGCAAAAGUUUAACCUCGGUAUCUUCAUCAAAAAGAUGUCUCCCAACAUCCAGGCCCUGAACUACAGCCCUGUGGAUCAGAUGCUACAUGCCUACUGCGACGCCCUCAUGGUCUCCUAUAAGGUUUUGUUUGAAGAAAUGUACUGAACAUUUCAAUGAAAGCCUAUUUAUGAACAAUGGCUGCCGUGCUAUUUACCAGCAAGUAAAAUUAAGGAUAAUUCCUUGAAAAAGGUUAGCAACAAAGCAUUGAGCAAUUGGGAAAUGACCUGUACUAUACAUGGUAAAUGUACAUGGUUAAUUCCGCAUUAUGUAUAUUUGAAUUGCCAAACUUCAAAGCUGAUUUUUGAGAGAGUUUGGAGACAUAACAUUAGGAUUCUCCGUAAUCAAUCUAUUAGGUGAGGAAGAAAUGAUAAAAAUAUGAUGUGAAAACAUAAUAAAAAUGAUUUUAAAA